AUGUUUUCAUUGCUAUUUAUUCAUACUCUUCAAGAAGCACAACCUUUAUACAACCUUGUACCGCCAAUGCAAUUAACCGAUAUUAACGAAAUUGGUAAUUGGACAAUUCGAGGAACAACUACUGUCUUGAAAAACGCAAUUCGCUUAACAUGCCCAGUUAAAUCCAGUUUCGGCAGUGUCUGCCAAAGAGUACCAACAUUAUUCAAAGAAUGGUCGGCUGAAAUUGAAUUAAGAGCCUACGGAGGCGAACAACCUGGCCAUGGAAUUUGGUUUUUCUAUACAGAAGAAGUUUGUCCAUCAUUUGCAUUGAAAUUCACAGGUUUCGCUCUUUGGGUAAAUACUACAUCUACAGAUGAAGAAGGAUAUUCUCAAGUUUACUUCGCAAAGAACAAUGGCUCCAAUUUAGAACUCAGAUCUCUCAAACCAGUCGGCAAAGUUAGAUUCCGGGGCGAAGAUCGCAAGCCUCUCCGCAUCCAAAUGUCCAAACGCUUCGAUACUUUAACUGUUGACGCAACAAAAGACAUAGUCAUGGAAAGAAUCCUUACAGAGAACGUUUCUGAUAUUCCAGACUACGGAUAUUUCUCAGUUUCAGCAGUUACAUUACAGAAUUCUGAUAACAAUGACUUGCUUUCCUUCAGAUUAUACUCUAUGUCACCUGUAGAUCAUCCAAACAAGACAUUUAACUACUCAGCAGUUAACAGAAAGUACAUAGAAGAUGAUGUCAAGGAACGCCGUGAAUUAAAACGAAAGCGCCGCCUGAAAAUGCCUUUAAUGGGAAAUUUCACACAAAAACUUAAAGAACUCAACGCAACACUUAACGGAAAACAGAACGAAAACUUGAGAGAUGCAAUUAAAAUCAUAAACGAAGCUUACAAUCGCGGUCUUGAAACAAUUACAGUUCAAUACCUCGAAGAAUACAUACAAAGGUCAAUUGAACAGACAAUUGACUCAGCUUUAUCUCAAAUAGAACUCGCUGCGAACCAAUAUAGUGAAACUCAACAAGAUAUCGACAAUCUUUGGUCAUCUUUGAAAUCUCAGCUUACUGAGAUGGCCAUUGAAGAGAAAACAUCUAUGGCUACACUACAAUCAGAGAUUAUUUUGAUUGCAAAACAAUUGAAUUUUUCAAAAAUUGAUCCAGAGAAAAUUCAACAGAAUCUGAACAAUGAAUCAUCUUACAUAGAUGAUGGACCACAUUCUCACAUACUUUUGAUUAUCUCUGUUAUUGAAUUAGUCGCUUAUGUGAUAUUCUUUAUUUACAAGCGCCAGAAGACUAAUGACUUCAAGAAAUACGAUUAA